UCGUCUGUGUCACUGCUACAAGGCUCGAUCAAGCCAGUCUCGCGUCCACUCAGGUCCACCAGAGAUGCACAACGUUCUGUUUGUGAUCAAACGUUGUCCAAGUCGUGCCAAUCCACCGUGAAGUCAGAGUCUCAAGUCAUCCUGAGAUACAAACACGAAACACCUCUUUCCCGACGCGAUGGCGCGCACACUGCCGUGGACCAUAGACCAUGCUCGGCCGGCGAAGAAGCAGCGCACUGCGCCCGCCCAGCGACCCAAGGUUGAGAACAGGUCGUCUCCAGCACCUCGGGGGCAAACGCCAGAUGAACGAGGCACAGCACCUCAGCACCAUCAGUCUAUCACAACUCCCAAAAAGAGGUCAGGGUCGAGAUCCCCAUCUAGUUCGCCAUCCAAAGCGCCACCUACCACGGAGCUUAUGCGAGAAGGCUAUGAUGGCGAUGACAUCUACAUCAUGGUCGAAGACGAAUUCCAAGACAUUGCGAAAUCCUAUACCGCGCAUUUGCAUCUUGCAGAGUACAAGCGACUCAUGAAGCAAGCUCGUGAAGCUCCGCCGAAAGCUCUACCUGCACCAACAUCGCCAAUGUCCAAGGAGGCAACAAGAAGAUUGCAGUCGUCAGCUCUGCACAAGAAACAAAAGGAUACGUUACAGCGGGUGACGCGCCGAGCAGAUUCUGAAGAGGAAGAGGAAGAGAAAGUGGUGGAUCCAUGGUCCGGGACAAGCCUCGCUCCGCUGAUGGCUAGUGGUAACCAGCAAAAGACAUCGUUGCUUGGGUUAGAGAAAAUGUCGAGUAACACGAAGGCUGGAAUGGGUUUGAGCAAGUCUCCAAAUGGCAGUAAACGUGGGCGAGAUCAUGAGGAGGAAGCCAUGGCCGAAGUCGUGACUACAAGCAGUAGUAGUUUGAUACAGAGAAGCAAAGAUCCAGCUGGGAGUCGAAACGAAACAGCACGGGGUAAUGCUCUCUCAGUGUCGCUGUCACGGGCUAGCAAAUCUCCUCGAAUGCGAGGGUCAUCUGCGAAUAUCGUCCACGAGCGAUUCGGCAGAACAGUGUCGUCACGGUCACCAACUGAUCGUGACUCGCCGGAAGUCAUGAUCGAUGACCAGCCCAGCACCCAGAAACCUCGACCUGCUCCAAGGCCGCUCGGCGACCGUUUCUUAAAGCGUAAGCUGGAGAAAGAACAAGAGAAGAAAGCACGACUGGAGGAAAUCCCAAUGUUCAUGACCUGAUUCUUUCUAGCCUCAUUUGUACUGUGUAUCAUUCCCUAUCCACAAGCAACCUUUGGCCCCCUAUAUGGAGGCGGCGUUGUCCCAAGAUUCAGCUAAGCAAGAAGGGUUUUGCCAGCCCAAGUAUGUGUCCAAUUCUGCUUCUGAGCAUGAAGCUCUGAGAAGGUAUGAUAUUGCCUUAGUCCUCACGCUCGUGAAUGCUGCCGGCCUGAGUCACGUGUGG